CCCGCCUCCCAGCCGCCAACCAAGCAGUUCCGAUCCAGCGCCAACAGGCCUGCUUGGUCGAUCUUCGAGCCAAAGAUGCGGCGAGGCUGGAAGAUGGCUCUGUCUGGAGGGCUGCGGUGCUGCCGCCGGGUACUGUCCUGGGUGCCAGUGCUCGUUAUUGUCCUCGUCGUGCUCUGGUCCUACUAUGCCUACGUCUUUGAACUCUGCCUGGUGACUGUUUUGAGCCCAGCAGAAAAAGUUGUCUACCUCAUACUCUACCAUGCCAUCUUUGUGUUCUUUACCUGGACCUACUGGAAGUCUAUCUUUACACUCCCACUGCAGCCAAACCAGAAGUUCCACUUGUCCUACACAGACAAGGAGCGCUACGAAAAUGAAGAGAGACCUGAGGUCCAGAAGCAGAUGCUUGUUGAUAUGGCCAAAAAGCUACCAGUUUACACAAGAACUGGAAGUGGAGCUGUACGAUUCUGUGACCGGUGCCAUCUGAUCAAGCCAGACCGCUGCCACCACUGCUCUGUCUGUGCCAUGUGUGUGUUAAAAAUGGAUCAUCACUGCCCCUGGGUUAAUAACUGCAUUGGAUUUUCCAACUACAAAUUCUUCCUUCAAUUCUUAGCUUACUCUGUUCUCUACUGCCUGUACAUUGCUACAACAGUCUUCAGCUAUUUCAUCAAAUACUGGAGAGGGGAAUUACCCAGUGUUCGCUCUAAGUUCCAUGUCCUUUUUCUCCUCUUUGUGGCCUGCAUGUUUUUUGUCAGCCUUGUGAUUCUCUUUGGUUACCAUUGUUGGCUUGUCAGCAGAAACAAAACCACCUUAGAGGCCUUCUGCACUCCAGUGUUUACAAGUGGCCCAGAGAAAAAUGGGUUCAACCUUGGCUUCAUCAAGAAUAUCAAGCAGGUGUUUGGAGAUAAGAAGAAGUUCUGGUUAAUACCUAUUGGGUCCAGCCCUGGUGAUGGACACUCCUUCCCUAUGAGGUCUAGGAAUGAGUCACAGGACCCACUGCUAGCAAAUGAAGAACCCUGGGAAGACAAUGAGGAUGACAACCGAGAUUAUCCAGAAGGCUCAUCAUCUCUUGCUGUGGAAACGGAAACAUAGCAGUUUUCAGAUUUCCUGCAUUUCUCAGAAAGGACUCACCAUCUCCGUCUCCCAUGAGGCUUACAGAGUUGAGUGUUGGAAAUCAUUGUAAUCUUCAAAAUAAGUCAAGGUGUUGGACUGAAAGCUUCAAAAUUUGAAAGAAUUCCAUCAAAUACUUGCUUUGCAAAUGUUUCCGGACUUUACAUUAUUUAAUUUGCUGACCAAAAUCCAAUUUGGUAUUUGGUAGCAGUUAAUCAAGCCAGUUUUUUUGUUUCUUCUUCAUUUCCCCUGCCCCAAUCCAUGAAAGCCUAAAUGUAAAAUAUAUCUUUUCAUUUAUCAUUAUCAGGUAAAAGGGAAUUGAGAAAAUUUCCUUGGAGUCUUUAAUUUUCCUACAAAGAGUAUUAAUCACAUAAUAGGGCCUUUUUGGUGUUUAAGGGAAUCAGACUACAUUUGCUGCUUAUGUGCAUGUGUAUUUGUGAACAUAUACAGUAUAUCUGUACAAAAUUCUGCUAUAGUGUGAAAAUCAAGGCUAAAAACCUGAUUAUGAUUUUUCUGUAAAUAGCAACUUAAGUAUUUACUAGACUUUGAACCAUCACUAUAUCAGGUGUCUAAAUUUUGGGAUGGUGAUUGAAUACACUGACCAGGGUCCUCAAAUUCGGACUUGAACAACAAUGUAAAACCUAUUCCAUUACAAAUGUUCCUGAAAGCACUACAGCUAACCCAUAAGAUGAAAAUCAGGACUUACACUUUAUUAAACAUGAUAAUCAGUGUGGUGUUUUUUUUUUUUUUUUUUUUUUGAGACAGAGUUUCACUCUUGUUAUCCAGGCUGGAGUGCAAUGGCGCAAUCUCGGCUCACCGCAACCUCCACCUCCUGGGUUCAGGCAAUUCUCCUGCCUCAGCCUCCCGAGUAGCUAGGAUUACAGGCAUGCGCCACCAUGCCCAGCUAAUUUUUUGCAUUUUUAGUAGAGACGGGGUUUCACCAUGUUGACCAGGAUGGUCUCGAUCUCUUGACCUCGUGAUCCACCCGCCUUGGCCUCCCAAAGUGCUGGGAUUACAGGCUUGAGCCACCGCGCCCAGCCAAUAAUCAGCGUUUUAAACACUUCUAAUGUCAGACUGUGGUAGAAUUCUGCAAUUACUUUUAUUUAUUUACCUGCUACCUAGUUUUAUUUAAUCCUUUAUGAAUUACUUUUAUGAUGAAAGAAAAUCUAUAAGCCUACGUUAUGGCCCAUAGGUUUUGUUAAGGGUUUUCAGAGUGAUUUGGGGGUUUAAUUUUAAUACCUUUCAUAAGGGUAAAAUUUCACAGCUGACAGCCUGAGGAUUAGCACUAAAGAGCUGUGUUUUCAUAGCAGAGAUUAUUGUAUAGACAGUCAUAACCAAAUAGUAAUAUGCCAAUUAUUUAUUCCUUUGUUUUAGCUUCAAUGGUAGCUAAGCCAUUAAAACAGUUUGCAUUGAUUUCCCCAUUUAUUUAUAAUCAGCCUUUCUUUUAGUUCUAGUGCCUGAAUCAAUGAGGCUGAAUACUAGUAGUGCUUCUUUAUAAUAAUAAUAUCUUAAGAGUAUUGAUGUCUUUAAUUUUUUCAACCAGCAGUCUACUGCCCAGCUGCUGACAAUAAAAUCUCCAACUCUUACAGGGAUCAGUGGGAAUUAGAGAUUUCUUUCAGAUAUCAAGUAAUUGAGCUUCUAGAAGGGUUGUUUGGUUUACUAACUUAUCCCUCCUGAAGUAUUUUUUAGUAAAAAAGAGUUGCCUGCCACAAUUUAGUGUUGAGGUUCCAGUGGAGCUGAGAAAAUGAACAAUCCAGCUACUUAAAACAACAACAAAACCUGUUGAUCUGGACCCCUAGGUAAUUUUGACCAAGGUGAGUCUUUUGGCAUAAAUUAAAUGGAUGGUCAGCAUUACAUUUGAGAGAAUACUAGACAUGACUACAUUUAUUAGGGCCAAUGACUGUUUGUCAAACUCAGAAGCUAAAAAGCAGCCUAGAAGACUAUGCACAGGCUCAGUUUCAUGAUGAAGUCUUAUAUAUUCAGAUGGAAAAACAUUUUUUCUUUCACUCUUUCUCAAGAUACUCUCUUGUUUGAGUUUCUCUUGAUAGUUUAUUUGGCCAUCCCCAUGUUCUUAUGACAGACAAGCUUUUUUUCUAUUGAUAUAGAUAUGCACCUGUUUCUAAAUGUAUUGCCUUUACUUCCUACACAGCCAUUAGGCCUCAAAGUUAUCUUCCUCUUUCGCAUUGAUUAUCUUCUGCCAAGCAUUCAGGCAGAGCAGCUGUUAACUGUGAUUCAAAUUCAGAAAAAUGUCAAGAAACUAUUUAAUGCAUACGGUGUAUUAGCACUCAACUCCCACAGAAGUGAAGUCACAAAAGAUAGUGUCAGUUAACUAUAAGGAAGUUUGAGAAAGGUAAAGCUCAGGAAAACUAUAAUGCAAAGCUGAUUGUUUAAUGUCUUACAGAUUUACACUGUCUUUAAAAGGCCAAAUAAAUCAGGGUUUUACCAGGGGGCUCAGAAAAAAAUAGAAGACCUAUUUCUAUCUUAGCAUUUUGGUCUCAUUUGUUAAUAGACUCUGAUGAUAUCUCUAUCCAUGGAUCAUCUGAGCAUUGAAUAAUGUACAUAGACACCCAAAUGGUUGAUUAUUUAUCGAGAGUACAAAGUUUUGUUUAGUAAUUAGCACACCCUGAUCUGGCUUCUUUGCUUGGUUUUCCUUGGAGCCCUGUCCAGUAACCUCUGUGGAAUCUCAUUCCCUAAUCUUUGAUAUUUAUUUUCUCCAUUUGCAAAAUGAAGAUACUCAUUGUUAUGAUCCUAUUGCUGAAAGGUGCUAUGUAGCAUUCUAGUACUCUUAUAUGUCUUUAAUUAUAGGACUGGAAUGAAAAGUUUAACCAUAACAGUAUUUCUAAGCAAAAUUGUGUGCUCCAUUCUUUUGUACAUGCUUCCUUGCUGAUUUAUUCUUGCAGAACUUCGAGCACUUUGUUCAUGUUAUUCCAUUCAUUCCAACAGUGUCCUCAGAAGGAGCCAGAAUAAAAAAUCUUCCCCAUGGUACAGCUGGAAAAAUUAAGGGGAAAAGCGAUUAAGUGGUCCCCAGUCAAACACAGCUGUCUUAUGCUGGGCUCAAAAUUAUCAUGUCCAGUACACUGUUAAAGUAACUUGGCUUCCCAGUACUGGAAUUAUCAUGGAGCAGUUAGAAUUUUGAGAGUACAAUAUGAUCACAUUCUGAAAGAGUCACAUUUUGUAAAAAAUCUGAAAAGUAUGCAAUUUCUGCAACUCUUACUGGUGAUAGGAAUGCAAUAUGUGCCUCUUUCCCCCACUGGCCCCAUGUAACACAUAUCUUUCACACUAUGUGGCAUCAACCAGUGCCAUUACCUCCUGUGGCACCCAUAGAGUCCACUCUCAGGGCAGACAUUGCCAAAGUAAAGAAUGCCCUCUAUGUUUAUGCCAAAUUGAACAAAGUAUAGACAUUGAGGUUAAUGGAGGUUUAAGCAUAAUCCUAGAAAGUAAGUUUUAAGAAUAUUGAAUAUACAUUAUUGUAACAUGAACCUAAAACUUAACAGAGUCCACAUUCAUAGGAAUGUAGCAGUCAUUGAAAGCCUAUUCUUUUCACCUAUUAUCACAUAUAUCUACGUUCACCUAUGCACAUGUACACACACACACACACACACACACACACACACAUUUUCUUUAAAGCAGAAGCAAAUACUUUAAAAGAAUGAUUCUCUGUCUUCUCCUUUUAGAGAAGGGGUCUAAGAAUCACAGCAUGUGAAAAACAUUCCAUUUAUACAUUCCAGAAUCUCUGCUCUCAGAGUAGCUAAGAGAUUAGUACAAAAGAUAUUCUGUGCAGAAGCACACAGAGCAUCUAACAAGAUUGCCAGGCCCUUGCACAAGAUCCAUAUUCUUAGAAAAUUAAUGAGUUCCAUCUAGCUAGGAAUUGGUUGACCAGGUAUGGUACAUGUGCAUUUCUUUAACUGUAGCUGUAAUGUACCAUACUAAAUUGUAGCCUCUUGCAUGUGGGUAUUAUAUAAUAUAAUAAUGAAUGGAUGGCUCCUAAUAGCAUGCAACUCGUGACUGUUUACGUCUCCAAAAGGGCUAGGUCUGUUUCCUGCACAGUGUUCAAAAUCGUUAAAUAUGUUCUUUGUACCAGGAUGGUACACAGCCAUCAGCAGAGUGAGUUAAAACCAACAAUGAAUUCAAUAUAUCAAGAAAUAGAUUGUUAGUAGAGAAUGGCAUUAAAGGAAAAACACAAUUCGAUAAGAUGCAUUCAAGGAAUAAUUACUUUCACUCUGCUGGCUAAAUCAGUGAAGGAACACAGAAGUAAAGUUGGCAGUGGGUCUUGGUAAUAUAUGAACUAUAUUGGAGUGCCAGAAAAGGAGACCUUAGUAGUUAAGCUCAAGUUACCAAUUUGCUACAUUUUUUCCCACCAAUCUGCUAAACGUGAUUGUAUAUAAUAUUCUUAAAUCCAUGUGUCUUUCUGCAGAAAUAUUGACAAAUUCUGGCCAGCUUUAUCUUCCUAUAUCCUUUAUUUAAAGUAUAUACUUAUAA